AGCACUUGAAUGUAUCACCAGAGCUGCAUUGACACUUGAAAGGAGCUAGCUACUGUGCAGCAUGUCUGAGAAGGAGCUGGCGAAAAAGUGGGACCGAUGCCUGGCUGACGGUGCCAUUAAACUCGGCACUGGUCUGGGGUUAGGAAUCGUUUUUUCUGUUCUCUUCUUUAAACGGCACACCUGGCCCAUUUCAUUUGGCUCAGGAACAGGACUCGGCAUGGCAUAUGCCAACUGUCAGAAUGACCUGAGGUCAUUUUAUAUGCUGCACAGCAGCGAAAAGGAGCAGUAGCUGUAUGUCGUCGAUGGAUUUUUUUUUGUUUGGACCUUAUUGUUUUGUUUGAGUCACCAUUUGCACUGUUCUACACUAAGAUCCUUGUCUUUCUGUUGAACGAUCCGUCACAGUAUGUAUGAUGUGUAUGUGCCUGAUCAGGACAGUCUGAGUAUGUUUAAUAAAAUAAUAAUAACCACAAAAAGGAUGCCCUGCUGAUUCAUGUUUUUCUCCGAUGGUUGAUUUUGGGUGAAACCCAUUUUAAAAUCCCAUUCAACUAAGUAAAAAAAAAAAACAUAGUAACAUAAUGUACUAUAACAAGAUUGUAUACACAUUAAAUGCAGCUUUGAAAAUA